UGAAGGUUUCCGAUUCGGAAGUGUAAAGAAUCUUGCAGCAGUUUGUGGGACUUUGUUUUUUUUUUCUUUGCUAGUGUUUUGUAUCCAAGACUUGUUGAGCUCGGUUGAGAUAAUUGGACCUGCUUCCAGGAAGAGGUGCCUUUGCUAAGCUCGGAGAGUUCAGUGCAUAACAUUGUUAAGAGUUCUAACUAAUUGAGAUGGCUGGAAUAAGUAGGAACGUGCCCGUGCUCCUGCUGGCCAUGGUUUUAGUGAGCUGUGUGUGGGUGGAUCCGGUCCAGGGCAACAAAGACUGUUCGGAUGCUGAAAGUACCUUCCUGUGCUAUGGCCGGCAGAUGCUGAGAACAGUUCUCAAGCGGCUGGCCAAUGAACGCUCCCUGAGACUUAUGCCCGGAAUAGAAAUCGUUGAAAUUAGCCACAGUCCGGAGGAACGUGAGCGGGCUUUUAACGAAGUUGACGGAUCCGACGGUGCGAGCGGGGGUGGGCCAGUUGGAAUCUUGCAGCGGGUGGCUCGAUAUUUGGCUAACCAUGAGCUUAAGAUCAAUCUGGGCGAGCUGGCCCGGAGAAGCGAUCUGCAGGAUGUGGUUCGCAGUACGCUGAAAACGAUGAGCCAAGAUGUGUUGGGAGGCGACUUGGAAGAAGCCCGUAAGAAGGACAAGGGUGGAGCCGGAACCAUUCUGAUGAUGGGCGUCAUGAUGAGCAAGCUGCUGGGAGCGCUCGGAUUCGGUGGAGUUGCGUUGCUAGCCAUGAAGGCGCUCGGUGUGUCCAUGUUGGCCCUGAUGUUGUCCGCCAUAUUGGGACUGAAGAAGCUGGCCGAGGGUGGGGAACACAAGGGUCGCCAGAAUGCUGAGCUGCGUGUGGCAGCCGGCGAAAGUGGAGGUCAUGAGUCGGAUCACCAAGGAGGGUACACUACGAUUGCGGAAAGUUCCCACUCCAAGCGCCGGAGGAGAUCGACCAAUUCGCCAUACCGAGGCUGGGCAGGAUUAGUGCAAUAGAUUUCAGUCAGACGACCUGUGGAUUUAGAACGGUUUUAACUUAAUUAUUUAUUGCUUAUUUAAAAAUAAAUUAUAAUGAACAACAUUAAGUGUGGU